GCGCAGCUGAGGAGGUCUGCUUCACCCAUCCUGCCCAGCGGCUGUGAGCUCCUGUGGAAACUUUGCUCUUCAUCCCGGGAUCAAAGACACGGAGCCGGACUGAGCGCGCGCUGAAACGCACAGUUUACCUGCGGUGCCUGCUGCUGCUGAGAACAAGUCACCAUGACGGACGUUGAACAGUUCCUCUACGGGCAGCGUGGCGGCGUAAACGACCCUUUGGCCCAGGCCGACUGGGCCUCCAAGAAGCUGGUCUGGAUCCCCAGUGAGAAGCAGGGCUUUGAGGCCGGCUCGCUCAAAGAGGAGAAGGGAGAUGAGUGCGUGGUGGAGCUGGCCGACUCUGGCAAGAAGGUGAAGGUGAAUAAGGAUGACAUCCAGAAAAUGAAUCCCCCCAAGUUCAGUAAGGUGGAGGAUAUGGCUGAGCUCACCUGCCUGAAUGAGGCCUCCGUCCUGCACAACCUUAAGGAGAGAUACUACUCCGGACUCAUCUAUACAUACUCAGGUCUCUUCUGCGUGGUGAUAAACCCCUACAAGAACCUCCCCAUCUACAGCGAGGAAAUCGUCAAUAUGUACAAGGGCAAGAAGAGGCACGAAAUGCCUCCCCAUAUCUACGCCAUCACAGACACGGCCUAUAGAAGCAUGAUGCAGGAUCGUGAGGAUCAGUCCAUCCUUUGCACAGGCGAGUCAGGAGCUGGAAAAACGGAGAAUACAAAGAAGGUCAUUCAGUAUCUUGCACAUGUCGCUUCAUCCUCCAAGUCCAAGAAAGAGCAGGGCAGUGCUGUGUUGUCACAUGGGGAGCUUGAGAAGCAGCUGCUGCAGGCCAACCCCAUCCUGGAAGCCUUUGGAAACGCAAAAACGGUCAAGAAUGAUAACUCCUCCAGAUUUGGGAAAUUCAUCAGGAUCAACUUUGACGUGAACGGCUACAUCGUUGGAGCCAACAUUGAAACUUAUCUCUUGGAAAAGUCUCGAGGCGUCAGGCAGGCUAAAGAAGAGAGGAGCUUCCACAUCUUCUACUACAUGCUGACAGGAGCAGGAGACAAAAUGCGCUCUGAUUUGUGUCUGGAGGAUUACAGCAAGUACCGUUUCCUGUCCAAUGGAAAUGUGACCAUCCCAGGGCAGACGGACAAGGAAAUGUUCCAGGAAACCAUGGAGGCCUUUAAUAUCAUGAGCAUCCCUGAGGAGGAGAUAACUGGUCUGCUGAAGGUCGUCUCAGCCGUGCUCCAGUUGGGGAACAUGAUCUUCAAGAAGGAGCGACACUCGGACCAGGCGUCCAUGCCUGACGACACGGCUGCCCAGAAAGUCUGCCACCUGCUGGGCAUCAAUGUGACCGACUUCACCCGAGCCAUCUUGUCUCCCAGGAUCAAGGUCGGUAGGGACUACGUUCAGAAGGCCCAGACCCAGGAGCAGGCAGAGUUUGCCGUUGAGGCUCUGGCCAAAGCUUCGUAUGAGAGGAUGUUCCGCUGGCUGGUGAUGAGGAUCAACAAGGCUCUGGACAAAACCAAGAGGCAGGGAGCGUCCUUCAUAGGAAUCCUGGAUAUUGCUGGAUUUGAGAUCUUUGAGCUGAACUCCUUUGAGCAGCUCUGCAUCAACUACACCAACGAGAAGCUGCAGCAGCUCUUCAACCACACCAUGUUCAUCCUGGAGCAGGAGGAGUACCAGAGGGAGGGCAUCGAGUGGAGCUUCAUCGACUUCGGCUUGGACCUGCAGCCCUGCAUCGACCUCAUUGAGAAACCUGCUGGUCCUCCAGGCAUCCUGGCUCUGCUGGACGAAGAGUGCUGGUUCCCUAAAGCCACCGAUAAGACGUUUGUGGAGAAACUGGCUCAAGAGCAGGGAACUCAUCCAAAGUUCGUUAAACCUAAGAAACUCAAGGAUGAUGCAGACUUCUGCGUUAUUCACUACGCAGGAAAGGUGGAUUACAAGGCAAAUGAGUGGCUGAUGAAAAAUAUGGACCCCCUGAACGAGUGUGUGGCCACCCUGCUGAACCAGUCCACCGACAAGCUGAUUGCCGACCUGUGGAGAGACGUGAACCACAUCGUCGGCCUGGAUAAGGUGGCAGGAAUGUCAGACUCUGGCCCCUUCAGGACCCGUAAAGGCAUGUUCCGCACAGUUGGACAGCUGUACAAGGAGCAGCUGGGGAACCUCAUGACCACCCUGAGGAACACCAACCCUAACUUUGUGCGCUGCAUCAUUCCCAACCACGAGAAGAAGUCUGGUAAGCUUGAGUCUCACCUCGUUCUGGACCAGCUGAGGUGUAACGGAGUCUUGGAGGGAAUCCGUAUCUGCAGACAGGGCUUCCCUAACCGGAUCGUCUUCCAGGAGUUUAGACAGAGAUAUGAAAUUCUCACUCCAAAUGCUAUUCCAAAGGGCUUCAUGGAUGGAAAGCAGGCCUGUGUGCUCAUGAUCAAAGCCUUAGAGCUGGACCCCAACCUGUACCGCGUCGGUCAGAGCAAAGUGUUCUUCCGAGCUGGAGUCUUGGCCCACCUGGAGGAGGAGAGGGACAUGAAGAUCACCGACGUUAUCAUGAGCUUCCAGGCCUGGUGCAGAGGAUAUGUAGCCCGGAAAGCCUUUGCUAAGAGACAGCAGCAGCUGACCGCCAUGAGAGUCAUCCAGCGAAACUGUGCCGCUUACCUCAAACUCAGGAACUGGCAGUGGUGGAGGCUUUUCACCAAGGUUAAGCCUCUUCUCCAGGUGUCUCGGCAGGAGGAGGAGAUGAUCGCCAAGGAGGAGGAGCUGCUCAAGGUGAAGGAGAAACAAAUCCAGGCGGAGGAGCAGCUCAAAGAAUACGAGGCGAAGCAGCAACAGCUGAGCGCAGAGAAGCAGGCCCUUCAGGAGCAGCUGCAGGCCGAGACGGAGCUUUGUGCAGAGGCUGAGGAGCUGAGAGCCCGUCUGGCUACGAGGAAGCAGGAGCUGGAGGAGAUCCUGAUGGAAAUGGAGACUCGGCUGGAGGAAGAGGAGGAGAGGGUCAAUCAGAUGCACAAUGAGAGAAAAAAGAUGCAGCAGAACAUCACGGAUUUAGAGCAGCAGCUCGACGAGGAGGAAGCAGCCAGACAAAAGCUUCAGAUGGAGAAGGUCACCACAGACGCCAAGCUGAAGAAACUGGAGGAGGACAUCAUCUUGUUGGAUGAUCAGAACGGCAAACUUAACAAGGAAAAGAAGCUGCUGGAGGAGAGGAUCUCAGAGUUCACCAUAAAUCUGGCUGAAGAGGAGGAGAAGUCCAAAAGCUUGCAGAAGCUCAAGAACAAACAUGAAACCAUGAUCACUGAUUUAGAAGAUCGUUUGAGGAAGGAGGAGAAGCUGCGCCAGGAGCUGGAGAAAAACCGCCGUAAACUGGAGGGAGACUCCACGGAGCUCAACGACCAGAUCGCCGACCUGCAGGCCCAAAUCGCCGAGCUCCGGGCUCAGCUGGCCAAGAAGGAGGAGGAGCUCCUCGCCGCACUAGCCAGGAUCGAGGAGGAGGCUGCAGCAAAGAACACGGCCCAGAAGAAAAUCAGGGAGCUGGAGGCGCAGAUCUCUGAGCUGCAGGAGGACCUGGAGCUGGAGAGGCAGGCGCGGUCCAAGGCGGAGAAACAACGCAGGGAUCUGGGAGAGGAGCUGGAGGCGCUAAAGACGGAGCUGGAGGACACCCUGGAUUCCACCGCAGCACAUGUAGAGCUCAGGGCCAAGCGUGAGAGCGAAGUUGCUCAGCUGAAGAAGACUCUAGAAGAGGAAGCCAAAGCUCAUGAGCAGCAGAUGGCCGACAUGAGACAGAAACACAACCAGGCGUUCGACGAGCUUAAUGAACAGCUGGACCAGGCCAAGAGGAACAAGAUGUCCAUCGAAAAGGCCAAGCAGGCCCUCGAGAGCGAGUGGAACGAGCUGCAGAUCGAAUUGCAGACUCUGACCACAAGCAAAGGAGACUCAGAACACCGCCGCAAGAAGGCUGAGGCUCAGGUCCAAGAGCUGCAGAUCAAAUUUACUGAAAGUGAGCGACAGAGACAGGAUCUGUCUGAUAAGCUGACAAAGAUGCAGAGCGAGCUGGACGGCGUGAACAGCCUUCUGAGCGAAGCAGAGGGCAAGAACAUCAAAUCCAGCAAGGACCUGUCCACUGUGGAGUCUCAGCUGCAGGACACACAGGAGCUGCUCCAGGAGGAGACCCGUCAGAAGCUCACCCUCACCUCCCGCCUGAAGCAGAUGGAGGAGGAACAGAACAAUCUGCAGGAGAUGUUGGACGAAGAGGAAGAGGGCAAGAGGAACGUGGAGAAGCAGGUUGCUGCUCUGCAGGCCCAGCUGGCAGAGAUGAAGAAGAAGGCGGAACAAGAGGCCAUAUCGCUGGAGGGCGCAGAGGAGGGCCGCAAGAAGCUGCAGAGGGAGAUGGACGAACUGAUGCUGCAACUGGAGGAGAAGAGCGCCGCCUACGACAAGCUGGACAAGACAAAAACCCGUGUGCAGCAGGAGCUGGAUGACAUGCUGGUGGACCAGGACAAUCUGAGGCAGAUCGUCUCCAACCUGGAGAGGAAGCAGAAGAAGUUUGAUCAGAUGCUGGCAGAGGAGAAGGCGAUUUCCACUCAGUAUGCUGAGGAACGAGACAAAGCAGAGGCUGAAGCCCGGGAGAAGGAGACGCGUGCGCUCAACCUGGCCCGUGAGCUUGAGACCAUGACGGCCCUGAAGGAGGACCUGGAUCGCUCCAACAAAAUGUUCAAAGCUGAGAUGGAGGACCUGGUCUCCUCCAAAGAUGACGUCGGCAAAAACGUUCAUGAGCUGGAGAGGUCGAAGCGGGCCAUGGAGCAGCAGCUGGAGGAGAUGAGGCUUCAGCUGGAGGAGCUGGAGGACGAGCUGCAGCUCACAGAGGACGCCAAGCUGCGUCUGGAGGUCAACAUGCAGGCCAUGAAGGCCCAGUUCGAUCGAGACCUGCAGGGCCGAGACGAGCAGGGAGAGGAGAGGAGGAAGCAGCUCGUCAAACAGGUGCGCGAAAUGGAGCUUGAGCUGGAGGACGAACGCAGACAGCGUACCCAGGCCCUCUCCUCCAAAAAGAAACUGGAGAUGGAUCUGGCAGAGCUGGAAGCACAGAUCGAUUCUGCUAACAAAGGUCGGGAUGACGCUCUGAAGCAGCUGAAGAAGCUCCAGAUCCAGAUGAAAGAUCUGCUGAGGGAGUUGGAUGAGCUCCGUUUGUCCCGAGAUGAAGCCGCCAACCAGGCCAAAGAGUCUGAGAGGAAGCUGAAGUCCAUGGAAGCAGACGCCCUGCGCUUCCAGGAGGAUCUGGCCACAGCUGACAGACUCAAGAGACAGCUUCAGACCGAGCGGGACGAGCUCCAGGAUGAGGUCAACGGCAGCAAUACCAAAAAUUCUUUGCUGUCAGAUGAGAAGAGGAGGCUGGAAGCUCGUAUCGCUCAGCUGGAGGAAGAACUGGACGAGGAACAUCUGAACACGGAGAUGGUUAAUGAUCGUCUGAAGAGAACGAUGAUGCAGAAUGAUCAGCUCAACACCGAGCUGUCUACAGAGCGCAGCAAUUCCCAGCGGCUGGAGGGCAACCGUUCCCAGCUGGACCGCCAGAACAAGGAGCUGAAACUGAAGCUGCAGGAGCUUGAGGUCACCAUCAAGUCAAAGUACAAGUCCUCCAUCACCUCACUGGAGGCCCGGAUCGCUCAGCUGGAAGAGCAGCUGGACGUGGAGUCAAAGGAGCGCCAGCAGGCCUCCAGGCUGGUCAGGAGGACGGAGAAGAAACUCAAAGAGGUGAUGUUGCAGGUUGAUGAUGAACGACGCAACACUGACCAAUACAAAGAUCAGGUGGAUAAGGCCAACACCCGAAUGCGUCAGCUGAAGCGGCAGCUGGAGGAAACCGAGGAGGAGCUGACCAGAGCCAAUGUUUACCGCAGGAAGCUGCAGAGGGACCUGGAUGAUGCCACCGAGUCGGCGGAUGCAAUGAACCGUGAAGUCAGCACUCUGAAGAGCAAGCUAAGACGAGGAGAUUUGCCCCUCAGCAUGCGGGUCAGUGUGGGCCGCACCGGCGGUCUCGACAGCGACGAAGAGGUAGAAGUACCAGCUGGGCUAUCAGAGCCUGCAGCGGAGUGAGCUGAGGACGGAUAAAAAGGGAAAUAAUGCGACGACUGCAGAGACCAUGAAAUGUUAGCCUUACAUCGACCUUUCACAUGCACUUCCAUGGGCCAAAAUAUCCAAGAAUAUACAGUUCAAUUUACGUUUAAAAGUUACUUUUCCUACCCAUUUUUCUACAUGACGGGUAUAUUGAACCGUUUAAAUAUUUAGUGCUUCUAACAUGCUAUUGCUGUUGCUAAUAUAUUCUUGUAUCUGUAUGCACUUUUCCUCAAAGUAAUUGUUAUAACCCUCUAAAAAUCUGUAGGUUUCCCCUGUAGUCUGUUAUCGUGUGACACUUUAUCAAAUUCACUUGGUUGGAACAAUUUUGAAUUUUUAAUGACGCAUUUAAUAUGUUUUUGGAUGCUGUAUUGUCCCACUGUUUUUUACACUAUCAAUUAUAGGUGAUGGGUCCUUUAAUAGUUCUUUAGUUUUUUCCCCCUUAAAUAACAGACAGGGUUUCUACCAGUACUUUUGCCUCCUGAAUAAAAGCAGCAGCAUAUUUUUGAAUAACACCCUGCCACAUAAUUCUCAGACGGUUGUUGGUUUGCAUGUUACUCAUCCUCUAGUUCUAAGGCGAGUCUGUUUUAUACAAUGCCUUAAAUGCAAUAAAGUAAUGAAUGCAUUGAUA